GAGGUCCCUGGGUUCACAAGGCACUGGGCUGAGAACCAGCAGCUCAUUUCAAGUGAUCUGGUUAGCUGCCAUCGGGUGGGAACAGCUCUCUGCUCCUAACAGCCUGAGCUGCAUUUGCUCCAGCAGCUGGGCUGUGGGCCACAACGGUUGGCACUUCAGAUAACCCAUAUGAUGGAUUUGGCACUUGGGAUGUGAGGAGGGGCUGUGGGUGGUAUGACUCAGGAUGCCCGCCCGGUAUAAUCCCGCCAAGCUGGACUCACUUUCCAACUCGCACGCCCGGAGAGGCAAGGAGGUGAAUGGGCUGUGUGAUAUGGAGAGAAAGAAGAGAAACUUACAUUGCACAGUGGAGAUCGCUGAUCUGUGAGAAACGGAGAACAACAUCCUGCAGGUCAGGGGGAGCAGAGCUGCCAUAACAGCCGGUGGAGAUGGGGCGUGAUCUGCUGCACCUGGGUCUCCUCAUCACAGUUCUCCAGCAGCUAGCCUGCCCGGCGGAGCCAUGUGGGAACACCUCCCACACCCAGCUGCAGGCCCAGGUCGGGGAGAACAUCUCCAUGAGUUGCCCCUUCUCAGUCUCCGAUCCCAGAAAGGUCUCAACGGUCAUGUGGACCUAUCGGAGCCAGACCAAUGAAACCAACCUCUACAUGAGCAGCAAUGGGAGCGAGAAUUGCUCGCACUACAGGCCACGCUUCAAGGGCAGGACGUGGGUUAACGCCACAGGGCUGGCCCAUGGCGAUGCCACCCUGCACCUUGCCGGAGUCACAGCGUCCGACCAAGGGAACUUCUCCUGCUAUGUGGGCCUGGUCUACGACUGCGUGUCUGCGGAGGUGCGGCUCUGGGUCAGCGAACAUCAAGAGUCUAGGUUGGACCUAAACUGCGGGCUCGCUGCCAUCUGCUUCUCUGGCCUGGUGCUUCCCCUUGCCGCAGCAGUUACCCUGUGCGUGUGAGCACAGGGACGGGGGCUAGGCCCCAACUGGGGCAUGGCUGUGAAACACUCGGAAGCCUCCGGGUGAUCAAAGGGGACAGCCGCCUCCUUGAACACGCCAGCCUCUCUCACAUCUCAGCGCUGCAGAUGGCACGGGGCCCUCCAAGACAGGCUGGUACAUGAAACAUACACAGCUGGGACACUGAGCGCUUGUCUAUGCUGAAACUCUACCCUGGCGCCGCUAUGCUUCAGUGUAGACACCACCUGUGCCGACGGUAGGGGUUGUCCCAUCGCUGCGGAUAAUCCACCUUCCCGAGAGAUGGUAGCCAGGUUGAUGGAAGAAGUCUCCUGUUGGCCUAGUGCUGUCUACACGGGGAGUUAGGUUGGCUUAACUGUGCUGCUCAGGGCUGUGGAUUUUUCACAUAGCUGGGCAACGUAAUUAUGCCAACCUAAAUUUCUUUUUUAGACCAGGCCUUAGGGUCCUGCAUUGCUCCUAGCAAGGCACAGAGGCAGCCAGCAUAUGCUGCUACUGCUGGCUUACCAGCGUCCAGUAUUUCCCGGCAUGAAAGGUUUUUUUUGCAAAUGACUCUGUGCCUCAAUGAAUUUAUUAUUAUGCAAAACCGGACAAGCGGCAUUGAGGGUCACGUUGCCCCGAAGAGCUCGGAGGGUGGCGGUUCUCUUCCAGCUUCUCUUCCAGCCAGAAACUGAGUGCUUGUCCCACAGACCAUUUCUUCCUUGUAAACCCAGAGCGAACUCGAAUCCCACAGUAUUCCCACAAGCCCCGUCUCCAAAUCCAAGCCGUUAAAGGGCAUGCCCCAAGAUUUACUGGUCCCUUGCCACUCAUUUAUUCUCUCUCAGACAGACUUCUUCACUCAGCUGGCUUUAUCAGCGAGUGCCCCUCUGUGAUAAAUGAAGCUCCCUUUUAUGGACACUCAGCCAGCCAAUAGCUAUAAAAUUCCUCUUCGGAGCUGUUCUCUAAUUGCUCUACCUCUAAAGGGUUAAAAAGUCUCAGUGCUAUGCGUAGGUAAAAGGAAGUGAGUGGGCACCUGUCCAAAAGAGCCAAUGGGAAGGCUAGAACUUUUGAAAAUGGAAACAAGGCUCCCCUUUUGUCUGUCUGUGGUUGUUCCCUGGGGAGAGGUGGACAGGGCAGAGCUAUGCUGUAAGAGCUUGGGCCAGGUAUGAAAAAAAACAUCAGUAUCAUACCUAGAAAUUACUCAUUUAAAAACCUCAGGUAUGUAAGUAGACCAGGAAAUGUCCAGGAAGACGCGAUUAGGUUUAUCCCUUUUAUUUCGUUAUGGCUUGUGGAUUCCUCUGUGCUAACCCCAGGUGCUUUUUGUUUGCUUGUAACCUUCAGCUGGACCUCAAGAGAGCUAUUCUUGAGGUUAAUCCUUCUAGGGUUGUUGUUUUUUAAUCUAGCAAAUGCCCGAGUUCCCAGAUGUAUCUUGUUCUUUUUUUUAAUUAAUAAAAUUUACCUUUUUUAAGAACAGAAUUGAAUUUUUUGUGUCCUAAGAGGUUUGUGCCCAUGUUGUUUAAAUUAGCAGGUGGCAACAGCUAAUUUCCCCCCUUUUUUUUUCUUUCUCAGCUUUUCCCUGGAGGGGGGGGUGAAAGGGCUUGAGGGUACCCCACAGGAAGGAACGCCCAAGUGAGCCUUCCUGGGCUCUCAAAGGGGUUCUGCCUUGGGGGGUGGCAGCAUCUACCCAUCCAAGGUCAGAGGGAAGAUGUAACCUUGGGAGUUUAACGCUUGGAGUGGCCAGUAUUACUUUUUAGAGUCCUUGCAGGCCCCCACCUUCUGCACUCGCAGUGCCAGAGUGGGGAAUCAGCCUCGACACCCUCCAUCCAGCUCACCCCCCGCAGGACCUUCUGGAGUUUGGAAAUGUGCUGGCUGCACGUUGCAUGCUGAGAGUGUGCCAGGGACGGGGGUUUGUGCCAAGGCAGCGGCUCGUCUGUAGUUACCAGGCGUUCCGAUGGGCGAGGGAAAAACCUGGGAUAUUCCAGCUGUCCCCAGAGGUGUUCUCGGGACAGCGGGAUGUUGCAUGAUGAAGCAGGCCGGGUUGUCUCUUUGCUGCUCUUGGGAGCUGCUGUCCUUGCCACAGGAACACUAACCUGCGAAUUCCUCUGCUUUCUGUGCUGUGGAUCCGUACAGCGGGGGACCGUCCGCUUCCUCUCUGCUCCAUGCCAGGGGGGUGAGAUGGAGCGAUCUAAAGGAUUCACUAGCUCUCCACUGCCCCCCAUUCUGAUACUGAGGGGGAGAUGUAAUGGGGGAAACUCAGUCUCCCUGGCUUUUGCUCUAUCUACCAGCGGGAUCCCAAGAACCCACUCAUUCUGGCUGUCUCCUAUAUCCUGGGAUCUAAAGGGACCAGCUCAGUCUGUCUGCUUGGUCCCACGAGGGGAUGGACAGCAGGGCUUGAAAUGAUCGACUUGGUCCCAGUGCCAUAACACCCCGGGAGUGGGGAGCCAUGUGCUGAGAUCGGAGCGUCACCCCCUGCGGUCUGUAGUUGGGAAAGACACCAGACAGACAAACUGAGACAGCCGGAGCAGGAACCUCAUGAAAGAACUGGCCAAACCAGGAAUGGUUCAGCCUCUUGGCAACAGCAUCAGGGUGAGGGGGACACAUGCCAGCUCCACCCCACCCCCUGCCAUGUGCGCUCCCUGGGUGGGCAGAGGCCCUCACCAUGGUGUGGUGCCCAGUCAGGCUGAAAGUUUCUUUGUGUUUACAAAAUGGAAAUGUCACCCCCAGAUUUCCAUUUUGUCAAAAAUAUUGUCAAAAAUAAAAAAAGAAUUUUUGGGGGGACAAAAGUGGAAAAAAAUGUCUUGUUUUAAUAGAAUUCCUUUGGGGUGGGGGCGGGUAAUAAAUCAAUUUCCCAACUAGUUCUGUGUCACGCUUCGCGUUUGAGUGUAGAUGUGUGUGCAUGCGCAUUGGUGUAUGUGCAUGUAAGUGCAUGUUGCAAAAAAAGCGAACAUCAUUCUGGGCUGUAUUAGCAGGAGCGUUGGAAGCCAGACACGAGGAGCAAUUCUUCCCCUCUACUCCGCGCUGAUUAGGCCUCAACUGGAGUAUUGUGUCCAGUUCUGGGCGCCACAUUUCUGGAAGGGUGUGGACAAUUGGAAAGAGUCCAGAGAAAAGCGCCAACAAUAAUGAAAGGUCUAGAAAACAUGACCUAGGAGGGAAGAAUGAAAAAACUGGUUUGUUUAGUCUGGAAAAGAGAAGACUGAGAGGGACAUGAGAAGAGUUUUCAAAAAGCAUAAAGAGUCGUUACAGGGAGGAGGGAGAAAAAUUGUUUUUUCUUAACCUCUGAGGCUAGGACCAAAAGCAAUGGGCUUAAAUUGCUGCAAGGGAGGUUUAGGUUGGACAUUACGAAAAACUUCCUACCUGUCAGGCUGGUUAAGCACUGGAAUAAAUUGCCCAGGCAGGUUUGUGGAAUCUCCAUCAUUGGAGAUUUUUAAGAGCAGGUUAGACAAACACCUGUCAGAGAUGGUCUAGAUAAUACUUAGUUCUGCCAUGAGUGCAGGAGACAGGACUAGAUGACCUCUCGAGGUCCCUUCCAGUCCUAUGAUUCUAUAUAUGUGUGUGUAGGUGUGUAUAUAUGUAUGUGCAUAUGUCACGGAGUCCCCUGGGCGAUGCUCUGGAACUGCUCCCUACAUAGCCAGUACAGGACUCUGGGGAAGUCUCCUUUCUGUGAGCUGUAAAAGUAAAAUGAAUUAUAUUGAAAUUAUAAUUCAUUAAAGAAAGGCUACUUGAAGGGUUUGUUGAAAUAUAGUUGUCAGGAAGAGAAACAUUAAGGAGUGUGAGACAAUGGGUCCUCAAACUAAUUAACUUAGAAGCUCCUACUGAGCUAGGAGAUUGGUAAACCUUAGUAUGCAAAUAAGAUAUGUAUGUAUAUUUGUCAGUUUCUGCUUUCUUUUGUCUCUUAUGUUAAAUUGGCUUUGGCCUUAGCUGUAUAAAUAAGUUAUCUUGAGCCUCAGAGAGGGGCUCACAUCUGGGUGCAUUAGCAAAGCGCUUUGCUAAUAAACAGAGUGGUCUGACAA